UCCUAUGUAAUCUGUGUUGGUAUCAAUGUCAAGUUAACUUGCACACUUGUUGGAGAGAUGUUAAUUGUUUUUGUUGAUUAUCUUUCAUACUGCUCUCAUACUAACCGGGUAAAUAUCAGAUUUUAUUCGCUGCUUUUAUAAAUCGCAGAAAAUUUCCUUAGAUUGUAUAAAGGUAAUUUUUCACACUCCACCAGUCACUGGUUUUCAAGGUUAUCUCUAAUCAUUUUGAACUUUGUCAAUUUAUAAACAGUGAUUUGUGAAAUUUAAAGAUAUUUACGUGAUGCUUUAAAUGUAAAAUGCUCUCAUUACUAUAUUUUAUAUUACCUAAUAGAGUAGUGCAAGGCCUUACUGCUGCUUAUUGUAAAUUUACAGCGCGACGAAACCUUGGUUCCCAACUUUUUCAUAGCUCCCAUAUCACCGUUUCACUUCCCAAGAUGAAGGUUACAGUGUUACCAGCUUUAUCAGAUAAUUACAUGUAUUUGAUUACUGACGAAACUACCAAACAAGCAGCUAUAGUGGAUCCUGUAGCUCCCGAUACGGUUCUGCAUGCUGUACAAAAUGAAGGCGUGAAUCUAACACAAAUUUUAACGACUCAUCACCACUGGGACCAUGCUGGUGGAAACGAGGAAUUAAUUAAAAAAUGUCCGAACCCGCUUGAAGUGUAUGGAGGUGAUAAAAGAAUCGGUGGCCUGACAAAUAAAGUAUCAGAUGGUGAUAGAUUUAAAAUUGGAGAAAUUGAUGUCGAAUGCCUGUUCACGCCUUGCCAUACCACAGGACACAUUUGCUACUAUCUAACAGAUCCGAAAGGAGAAACGGCAGUUUUUACAGGCGACACAUUAUUUGUCGCUGGUUGUGGACGAUUCUUUGAAGGCACCCCCCAACAAAUGUACACUGCUUUAGUAGAGAAACUGUCCAAACUACCUGACAACACUUUGGUGUUUUGUGGCCAUGAAUAUACGCAGCAAAAUUUGAAAUUCGCACGACAUGUGGAAAGAGAGAACAGAGAUAUUAUGAAAGCUUCAGCUGACGCAGACGAGAAGCGACAGAAGGGAAUACCUACGGUACCUUCAACUAUUUUACAAGAAAAGAAAAUCAAUCCUUUCAUGCGAGUAAUGAUGGGCAGUGUACAAAGACAUGCCAGUUGCGAUGAUGCUAUUGCUACAAUGCAAGCCAUCAGAAAGGAGAAGGACACAUUUAAAGCGUAAUUACUUGAAAUUUGUUUGUUUGUACAUUUUUUUUUUAUUACAUUGUUAGAUGGUGAA